AUGGUGCCCACGGAGGAUGCCCCGGACGUUGCGCCGUGUCCCUUCGAUCGAGAUGUCCGGGCUGACAGGAUAAACUUCCCGGACGUCCGCGACGUGCUCCCGUUGGAGGAUGAACUCGGCGAAGAAUUCGACGCCGACAAGGAGAACGAGAACCCGUGCCGGACGGAGAAGAAGCCGCCCGGUCGAUUCUCCUCGCCCGAGACCUGGCCCACGGUCCGCGGGCGCCGCCUCGCCCUCGCGGCGCUGGAUGUAGAGGAGGUUCGGGCGAGAGACCUCGCGGAGUCAGCGGUGGAGGUGCUCGCCAACACCUUCCCGGUGGACAUCCUCACCCCUUCGAGCCGAUUCCGCCUCGAGCUUCAGACGCGUCAGGGCCCGGACGAGGCGGAUGAGCGGGAGUGCCAGAGGUACUUCGAUGAGAAAGCCGAGAGCGGGGGCAGAGAUCCGGUCCUGUCCACGCCGAUGUCAAUCAUAGAGGGCGAGGGAGGCAGCCCCGGACCGUUCUCGUUGGAGCCGUCGCCCCUCGGCGCACAGUCGGCGUCCAAGAAAGUGGACCCGCCGUGCUCCCCCCUUUCCGUGCACAACUCGUCGUUCGAGUCCGUUAAGAAUGGCCUCUACGAGCUGUUCUGCAAGAGUGCGGACGCGGAUGAUGAUGAGCAGGAGGGAGAGCCGCCGUCCCCGGGACUGAACCCGUGGAUGACCGACGAGGAGGAUGCCGCCGGAGAUGACGCAGACGCGGUGUCCUUUGCGGGGAUAUCACCAAUUACGGGUCCUUCGCCCAUUUGCGUCGGUGACCGAGCCGCCCCGGAGGACAUCGAGGACGACGUAAUCACGCCGCCACACAUCGCUCGGGUCAUGUUCGGCGCCGAGGCCAUGACCGACGCACCGCCGCCUCGAGCACAUCGCCGUGCCGUCAAGACAAGGUCAAGGAUUGGCGGCGGCAGCGGCGACGACAAUGAAGAGGUCACCACGGAGGACCUCUCGGGUCUUCGUCUGAGACUCGCGGAGCUGGACGUGAAGGAUGACGAGGAGCUCCAGGAAAAUUCCGUACCCGUUGAGCCGGCAACGCCCCCCGUGGUGGAGGUUGUACCGUCCUUCCUGCCGCAGCUGGCUCGGCGUCGCGAAGGUGGAAGUGACGCCGACGUGAGUGACACUGAGGAUGACACCUUCAGGAGCAUGUCAACCUCGGAUGCAGCGGAUGCGUCCUCAUCGAUCGACACACCGGUUAUUUUAGGUCCGCGAGGUAUCCCUUUGAUGGGGCACGCGUCCGGUGGGAAGGUGCGCGGGCGACGAGGGGGGUCAUCAGGGGUGACCUCUCGGCAAAGGUCAAAGACAAAACGACGAGUCAUCAAACCACCUCCUCGGCGACUCGGCAGAGCAUGUCGAGCACGCGCCUCCUUCCAGCGUGCUUUCGCGGAAGUAUCGGGUGGGUUUGGACACGGCAAAGAAAAUUUCAUUCCUUGA